UUACCACAACACUUGCCCAACCAAUUACCAAACAAGCUUAGACUUAUCACAUGAAUGCCAUAAAUAAGACCAUCCAAAUUAUCCCAACAGGGUAUAAGAAUGCAUGUCCAUUUACGAUUUAUUGUGACCCAAAAAUUCAAUUAAUCCUCCAAAGAUGAAGUACCAAUUUAGAGACUUGGUUUUGACAUUCAUGUCCAUCUGGCUGAGCCUAAGUCCCAGGUGCUUCUCUCAGGUGCAGCCAAGGCCACCUCAAGGGCAACAAGUCCCAUGCUUCUUCAUAUUUGGUGACUCAUUGGUUGAUAAUGGGAACAACAAUGGAAUUCUGACCCUUGCUAGGGCCAAUUACAGGCCUUAUGGCAUUGACUUCCCACUUGGUCCCACUGGCCGCUUCACCAAUGGUCGAACUUAUGUAGAUGCAUUAGCUCAGCUUAUGGGUUUCCGAACUUAUAUUCCUCCAUCUUCAAGAGCAAGGGGUUUGGAGCUACUAAGAGGAGUCAACUAUGCAUCUGGUGCAGCAGGCAUCAGACAGGAAACAGGCGAUAACCUGGGGGCUCAUACAUCAAUGAAUGCACAAGUUGCUAACUUUGGAAACACAGUGCAACAGUUGAGGAGAUACUUCAGAGGAGACAAUGACUCGCUUAGUAGCUACCUAAGCAAAUGCAUGUUCUUUUCAGGGAUGGGAAGCAAUGAUUACUUGAAUAACUAUUUCAUGCCAGAUUUUUAUUCUACUAGCUCAGAUUAUACAGCUAGUGCUUAUGCAACCGUCCUCCUUCAAGAUUAUGCUCGUCAGCUAGGUCAAUUAUACUCACUAGGGGCUCGGAAAGUGAUGGUUACAGCAGUUGGUCAAAUUGGUUGCAUUCCAUAUCAACUAGCCCGAACUCGUGCCAACAACACCAAAUGCAAUGAAAAAAUCAACAAUGUCAUCCAGUAUUUCAACACAGGUCUCAAGAAAAUGGUUCAGAACUUCAAUGGAGGGCAGCUUCCAGGAGCAAAGUUUGUUUAUCUGGAUUUUUAUAAAAGCAGUCAAGAUUUAUCAACAAAUGGAACAUCAUUUGGGUUUGAAGUGGUAGACAAGGGAUGCUGUGGGGUUGGAAGAAACAAUGGUCAGAUUACUUGUCUUCCUCUGCAACAACCAUGCGAAAAUCGUGAGAAGUACUUGUUCUGGGAUGCUUUUCACCCCACUGAGCUGGCCAACAUUUUACUAGCCAAGGCAACCUACAGUUCACAAUCAUACACUUAUCCCAUUAAUAUUCAACAAUUGGCAAUGCUGUGAAAGAAGUUUAGUUUGAUUUGUUUGUUUGUUUGUAUGGUGUUUAUUAUUGUUGAUUGAUCAUGUUAUUCAUGAUCUUGUGUUGUAGUAUGCAUGUGGUGCUCUUGUUCAAACUAUUUGAUUUCUAUUGUGUAAGAAGGACAAUGCAAUAAAGGUGCUUCAUUUUUAGCUCUA